GUAAAAUUUGUGAACUCACUCAUUUAUUCAGUAGCCAAAAAGGAUCAAGCAGAGAGAGAGUUCGCACUCCGAAGGUUUCUUUCUGCAUUUCUCUUCUCUAUAUCCUUUUCUCUGUAGAUGAUCAAUGCUCGUUAUCGUGUCUUAAUUUCCGCCAUUAUUCUUCUAUUUCUUGGUCUAUUCUGUAUUCAAAGUAACCUCUUAUUUCGACUUCUUAGAUCGCUUGCCACUUUGUGUACGUCAUUGUGAGCGAUUGUCCUGUUGUCUCUUAGGGUUUCUUUGGUUCCUUGUGGCCCAUUCUCUGUUUAUUUCUUGUAGUUGAAAGCUUGGCGUUGAAGAAAGUGUGUGCAAAUGGAAGGGAAUAAGUUAAGAGUUGCCAAGUUGAAGAAAGAGCGUCUUCGUAAAUCAUUGAUGAAGGCCGAGUCUAAAGCCUCUGAUGUAUUGUCCUUCACGCUAUCAUGGAGAGAUCUAGAAUCUCAUUUUGAUUCAAUUGAAUCCGAUCUCGUGAAGAGGUCACAAGAACUAGAGUCAAAGGAGAAACAUCUAGACAAGAGGUCACAUGAGUUAGAGUCAAAGGGAAAAAUUCUGGAGAAAAGGGCUCGAGAGAUUGAUACAGCUUAUGGAUUUAGAAGAGAAGUUCAAGAAAAGCAGAAGAAACUUGAUAGGCUAAAGAGAGAGAUCGAAUCAGAGGAAAAGAAACGUUUUCUGCUUCAGAAAUUGAACCGAGAUCGUAAGAUUGAACUAAAGCGGACAAGAGAGCAAGUGGAAGCGUUGCAGAAGAAUGACAUGAAACAGGAGGUUGAACAUUUCACAGGGAAGAGCUACCAGGAGAUGUCGGAGGAGCUACAGGUUCAACAAGAGAAGUACGAGGAGAUCUUGAAGAAGAAGAAGUCGGAGGAGAAGAAGCUAAGAAGUUGUACCAGAGAUCUUGCACAGAGAGAAGGGGACCUUCGAUGGGUGAGUAUGCGAUUGUCAAAGCGUUGUGAGGAGCUGGGGUGGGAAAAGAGAAAGAUGAAUGUGUUGCGUAAACGUAACGACGAAGCAGAAAGGAAGCUGCAACACUUGAACAGAGCACUAGAGGAGAAACAGAAAGAGGUUGAUUCGAUUGAGAAGAGACUCGGUGAAUGCAGGAACGUGAAGGGAAGAGGAAACAGUGAUACCAGUGGAGAUGAAUGAAGCUCAAAGAGAGCAAAUAUGUAAUAUAAUAGGAGAAAAACU